UCAAGAACCAGCUGAACCAGAGGAUGACCUUGACAUUAUGCUUGGCAAUAAAAAGAAGAGAAAGAAGAAUGUUAAGUUCCCAGAUGAGGAUGAAAUACUAGAGAAAGAUGAAGCUCUAGAAGAUGAAGACAACAAAAAAGAUGAUGGUAUCUCAUUUAGUAACCAGACAGGCCCUGCUUGGGCAGGCUCAGAAAGAGACUAUACAUAUGAAGAGUUACUGAAUCUAGUGUUCAACAUCAUGAGGGAAAAGAAUCCAGAUGUGGUUGCUGGAGAAAAGAGGAAAUUCUUCAUGAAACCUCCACAGGUUGUCCGAGUAGGAACCAAGAAAACUUCUUUUGUUAACUUCACAGAUAUCUCUAAACUAUUACAUCGUCAGCCAAAACAUCUCCUUGCAUUUUUAUUGGCUGAAUUGGGUACAAGUGGCUGUAUAGAUGGUAAUAAUCAGCUUGUAAUCAAAGGAAGAUUCCAACAGAAACAGAUAGAAAAUGUCUUGAGAAGAUAUAUCAAGGAGUAUGUCACUUGUCACACAUGCCGAUCACCAGACACAAUCCUGCAGAAGGACACCUGACUUUAUUUCUUACAGUGCGAAACUUGUCAUUCUCGAUGCUCUGUCACCAGUAUCAAAACUGGCUUCCAGGCUGUCAUGGGCAAGCGAGCACAGCUCCGAGCCAAAGCUAACUAAUUUGCUAAUCACAACCGGUUCUGCAAAUGUGAUGUGGAGAUUUGGCUGGACAGUUUGCCAUCAGAGUGGAUAUACCAUUGUAUUAACAACAAGAUAAAAAAGCUGCCAAGUUCUUUGGUGAGUGGCUGAUUGGUCUGAAAUCCUUGCAAGAUGCCGAUGUCAGACAUACUCAUUACCCACUUUAACACCUGUCAGAGAAAUGUGAUAUGUGGUAAAGAGGUGCUUUUUUAAAAUCGUUCAUAGA